AUGACAAGGAAGAACCCCGUCACCAACGUAGUUGCCGUGCCAGCCGUGAACGACGAGGGCCGCACCCACCACAGAAGCAACCAACCUCGCGACGACGGCCGGAGCACCCGCCAGGCGCCGGCGCCUCGCGGCGUCCUCCCUACCCUCUCGAAGCCGCAACCCGUCCUCCCCGUCUCCAAAGCCCUCACCCCGGUCCCUCGGCGGGCGCAGGCGCAGGUCCAGGCCCGAGGGCGAGCCCGAGUCCAGCCGGUCGCACUCGCCGGCUCCAAGCGCCUAGACGACGCGCUCCCCGCCGGCUUCGUACGCCUCCUAAACGCCAGCCACAGCCAGGAAGCGGAUGACGCCGGCGGAACAGGGGGGCGCUACGACCCCAAGCCGGGGGACUUCGCCGUCGGGGUCGUGGUCUCCGGCACCGAAGCGCGCCUCGACGUCGCCAUCGGCGCCGACUGCCUCGCCACGCUGCUCGCCAAGGAGCUCCUCCCGCUCCACCGCGUCGGCGCUGACCCAGCGGCGCAAUCAGCUCUGCCUCGUCCUGGGAGCGUGGGCGUCGUGGCGGGCCCUGCCGUGGGCGAGGAGGAGGAUGAGGAGGCCCGGAAGCAGAGGCGCGGGAGCAGGGCGCUGGUGGCGCCCGGAACGGUGGUGGCGCCCGGAACGGUGGUGUUCGCGGAGGUGCUUGGCCGGACGCUCAGCGGGCGGCCGCUGCUGUCGGCGCGGCGGCUCUUCCGGCGCCUCGCGUGGCACCGCGCCAGGCAGAUUAUGCAACUUGAUGAGCCAAUUGAGGUUAAAAUUUACGAGUGGAACACCAGGGGACUACUCACACGAAUUGAGGGCCUGAGAGCAUUCCUUCCUAAAUUUGAGCUCGUGGAUCGGAUAAGUACAAGUACGCUUGCGGACUUGAAAAACAAAGUUGGUCACAGCAUACGUGUGUGCAUUACAAGGCUCGAUGAAGAAACUAACGAUCUGAUAAUUAGUGAAAAGAAAGCAUGGGAAAUGACUUAUCUUAAGGAAGGAACUCUCCUACAAGGGACCGUUCGCAAGAUUUUUCCAUAUGGUGCACAAGUUAGGAUAGCUGAGACAAACAGAAGUGGAUUAUUGCACAUCUCCAAAAUUAGCCGAGGCCAUGUUUUGUCAGUAAGUGACAUCCUGAAGAUAGAUGAUGAGGUGAAAGUUCUCGUGAUCAAGUCAAAUGUCCCAGACAAAAUUGCGCUUAGCAUAGCAGACCUCGAGAGUGCACCUGGUUUGUUUCUUGCAGACAAAGAGAAGGUGUUCUCAGAAGCUGAAGAAAUGGCACAGAGAUACAGGGAGCAACUUCCAGUUACUUCUCAGAACCCUAAAUUAGAUGAUGACCUUCCAGGAGAAACAAUUCCAUUCGACGAUGAAGCUAAAAUAUAUGCAAACUGGAAAUGGUUCAAAUUUCUGCAGCAUAGCAAACCUGGUAGCAGCAGCAAUGGAACAUAGAUGCAGCUUCUGCACAUCUCACCCACUGCAUGUUGUAACUCAAAUUUUGCAUCCUGUUGAAGAGUGUGGCAACAAAGGUUACAAGACAAAUGACAGCAACCAAAGCAUUAAGCACAUGAAGCUGUACUGUCGCUGGAAGACCUGAAGAAGUAACGAUUCUUGGUGAUCACAGCACGUCCCACAACCCAGUAUUGAUUUCGCGACAAGUAGCGAGAUGGAGCAUGCAAAUUCCUCUGACAAGUGACAACCAAAGGGGGGAAAUGCCCGUGAAAGAGAGUUGUCUUGCUUCCAAAUUGCAUUGCACUGGUGUUGCAAAAAAAUGUUGAACUCCAUACCGCAUUACGCAUAUAACUCCCUCCCUGGAGAGAAUGUUGCACUAUUUGCUCGUGUUAUGUAUCUGAAGAAUGUAGCUUCAUUACUGUACCUCGAAUGAGUUUUUAAACUCUUCUUGAAGUUAACAAGAUAGCUGCACCAAGAGUGCAGAAUAGUCUCUGAAUUUUGAUGAAAAUAUGUGACAUAGCAUCAACGUGAA